AUGUCUACAUUAAUUACUAUAUUGAGGGACUUACUAAAAAAAAAUGUGAGUUGGGUAUGGAGUGAGGCUCACACUGAGGUAUUAAACAAGUUAAAACAAAUAGUUGCAAGUCCUCAAGUGUUAAUUAACUUUGACCCAAACAAAAAAAUAACAAUACAGUGUGAUAGCUCACAAACAGGUCUUGGGUGUUGUUUGUUGCAAGAGGGUAGACCAGUUGCAUUCUCUUCGAGGAGUCUGAAUGAAGCGGAACAAAAGUACCCACAAAUUGAGAAAGAGAUGCUAAGUAUUGUGUAUGCAUGCAGAAAAUUUCAUAAUUAUGUGUAUGGACAUGUGACACAGGUAAUGACAGAUCAUUCACCAUUGGUGUCAAUAUUUGGAAAAAAUUUUGAUAAAGUAAUUUCAGUAAGGUUACAGAAAAUGAAAAUGAAACUUAUUAUUUAUGAUUUACAUGUAGAAUAUUUGCCGGGAAAACUUAUGUUCAUUGCAGACUUGCUUUCUAGAAAUUACCUUGAUGAAGAGGAAAAUGAACAAGAGAUAGAGGGAGUAAUCCAUGCAAUUGAGUACAAAAAUAUUAAUGUGACUGAAAUAGCAAAAGAAACUGAGAAUGACGAGAUAUUGAAAAGUGUAGUUAAAAUGUUUACAGAGGGGUGGCCUAAAGACAAAAAACAAGUGCCCGAGUGCAUAAGACAUUAUUGGAGGUUAAAAGAGAAUAUCUCUAUGGACCAAGGAAUAUUAUAUUAUGAUAGCAGAAUAGUGAUACCAAGUAAAUUAAAAUUAGCUGUAUUGAAAUUGAUACAUGAAGGGCAUAAUGGUAUACUCAAGACGUUGUUGAGAGCAAAACAGUUGGUUUAUUGGAUUUCUAUGGAUAAUGAAAUACGGCAGUAUGUGAACAGUUGUGUGAUUUGUUCAAAAUUUAGAAAUUCUAAUAUUAAGGAAUCCUUGAUUUUUCAUGAGAUACCAAGUUUACCUUUUGAAAUCGUUAGUUGUGAUGUUUUAACAUUUGCUGGUUUUGAUUUCUUAGUAAUAGCUGAUCAUUAUUCUAAAUGGCUAGAGUUGAUUAAACUACAACAGAAAACAGCCAGUGAAAUGAUCAAGCAAUUUAAAAUAGUAAUGAGUGUUCAUGGCUGUCCUAGAGUAAUAUUUUCUGAUAAUAUGCCAUUUGGCUCAAUGGAGUUUCGGACGUUCUGUAAGGAAGCGAACAUAGAAUUAAAUACAUCAAGUCCAAGAUAUCCACAAUCAAAUGGAAUGGCUGAACGAGCAGUUCAGACCGCUAAACAGUUAUUACGUAAAGCUGAAAGUGAGCGUAGGGACGUAAGUGAUUUGUUACUUGAAUAUCGUUGCACUACAAUACCGCACAUGGGGGCAGCACCUUGUGAGUUGCUAAUGAGUAGGUUGUUGCGUACUAAAUUUCCAAUUAAAGAAUCAAAUUUAAUGCCUAAGGUGCAAACUGAGGUGAGCCUAAGGCAACAAGUGUAUAAAAAAAAAUAUAAACAGUAUUAUGAUAAAACGGCAAAGAAUAAACAAGGGUUUGAGGAAGGUGACAAAGUUAUGGUUCGGGAAAAUUCAAUGUGGGAACCAGGUAUUGUAAAAGCGAAAGUUGCUAAUAGCCCUAGGUCUUAUAUAGUGCAAGAAUCGGGAAGAGUGGUGCGAAGAACAUCAGCACACCUUAGACGUUCUCUAAUGAGAGUAGGUGCACACCAAGAGUUUGAUAAUGAUGACAUAAUAAUAGGUAUGAUAUUUAAUAAAGAAGAUAGUAAUGGAGCAAUAGUAGGAGAAAAUGAGGAAGUUAGGAAUAAUGAUGAUAGAGGGACUGAGAUGGAGGUAAGUGAUGAUGAGUUGAUUGUACCUGAAUGGAUGCAAUAUUUAGGCACAAAAGGAAGAGUGACUAAAAGUGGUAGGGUAGUAAAAAUUCCAAAAAAAUUAUUAGAAUAA